AUGGCAGUGGCAAACAAUAAAACACAUUGUUUUACAUGCAAUAAAGAAAAAAUAACAUAUCCUUGUAGAGGAUGUUCAAAAGAAUUUUGUUUAACACAUUUAACAGAACAUCAACAAAUGUUAAAUGAAGAAUUAAACCAUAUUAUUAAUGAUUAUGAUGAAUUUAAACAAAAAAUUAAUCAACAAAGACAAAACCCACAAAAUCAUUCGUUAAUAAAACAAAUUGAUCAAUGGGAACGUAAGUCAAUUGAAUUAAUUCAACAAAAAGCGCAAGAGUACAGAGAAAUCCUUGUUAAAUCAUCACAAACAUGUGUUAAUGAUAUUGAAAAGAAAUUUAAUGAUUUAUGUGAACAAAUAAAACAAAUUCAUGCCGAAAAUGAAUUUAAUGAAAUUAAUUUAAACGAUCUAAGAAAUCAAUUAAACGAAAUUACAGAAGAAUUAAAUAAUUCAUCAAAUAUUUCUAUUCAACAAGAAUCGCAAUCAUUUAUUGAUGAAAUUUCAAUUAUUUCAUCAAAAAAACCAAAAUUUAACAAAUGGAAACAAACUGCCAUUACUGUAGCUGCUGGAAAUGGACAAGGACAACAAUUAAAUCAACUUAAUCACCCUGCUGGGAUCUUUAUUGAUAAAAACAAAAACAUUUUCAUUGCUGAUCGAGAUAACCAUCGUAUUGUUGAAUGGAAACAUAAUGCAAAUGAAGGACAAACUAUUGCAGGUGAAAAUAAACAAGGAAAUCGAAUGCAUCAGUUGGGUCGACCAAUAGAUGUGAUUGUUGAUGAACAAAAUCAUUCGAUCAUCAUUGCUGAUCUUGGAAACAGACGAGUGAUUCAAUGGAUGAAUCAAAAUCAAGACGUUCUCGUUGACAGUAUUAAUUGUCAGGGCUUGGCAAUGAAUAAAAAUGAAUUUCUUUAUGUUUCUGAUUCACAGAGGAAUGAAGUAAUACGAUGGAAAAUGGGAGACAAUGAAGCAAUUGUAGUGGCAGGUGGAAAUGGGCAAGGAAAUCAACGCAAUCAGCUUGAUUUUCCUACUUUUAUUUUUGUUGAU